UCCGGCAACACGACAAAAGGUUUUUGUUUACAGCACGCCGGCAGCGGUUUUUAAGAUUUAACGUUAUAUUUAUUCGUAAUUUAAGGCCAUUGCUACAUCUACGAACACGCCAUGUCGCAGACAAUGCCGCCAGAAAGCCUAAGCAGCCGCCUGUUGACGGUGCUCAGUUUGCCUUUGCUGGAUCGCCUGCAUGAGCUGACCAUCUUGUUCGAUCGCUGCUCCCUGCGCCAGAUCCAGGAGUUAUUCCCCCACAUCGUGCACUCAAUCUUCGGGAUCAAUGGCAAUCCUUUGGGCUGGGGACUGCGGACGACGACCUUGGAGAACAAUCCACUGCACUUCCAGACGCUGCACCAGUUUUUCAGCGUUUGUGGCCCUUGGAUGCAUCUCUGCCACCGUUUGCUCCUGGACCAGUGCAAGUUUGAGUUGGACAUCAAUAUGCUGCCUGCCAAGUUCGUUAGCAUGCUGCAUUCUGGCCAAAAUCCCAGGUUCUAUGCGGAACUCAUCAAUAUCGACUCAAUGAAACAUCAGGUGGCCACGCUCUCGCUAAACGCCUUCGACUUCUACGUGAUCCACUUUGUGCUGUACGCUCUGCAGCCGCUGCACUCGAUUAAUCCCAUUGCCAUGCAGAUCCACAACGUGCGCAGCAAGACCAUUUAUCUAAAGCUGGUGUCCGAGUAUCUCAAUAACUUCCUGCCCCUCAUCCCCGAUGCCCGGAUAGAACCCGUACAUUUUAGUAGCGGCGUUAAGGCUCCCCAGCCGCUUCCUGCCCAGGCAUUGCAGCCUCAAAGGCAGCCGCGCUACAUUAAGAUUCCCAGCUCCUUUCGCAACGGUGGAAACGUGUCCGGAGGAGGCGGUAGUCCGAAUUCCAGUGGUGGCAGCGGGAACAUCUCUCCACAGUCCGGCAGCCCAAAUGCCAGCGCAAACAGGGCCUACGCCUGGCGAUCGGAGAGUGUUCUCCACUUCUUUGUGGACAUCUGGCUGCGCUAUGACAUCGAGUCGGAGCACCACCUGCCCAGUAGCGAUUUUGUGCGCGGCGUACGCACCUUGGUAAAACAGGUCCACUUCUUUGCAAAUGGGGCGCAGCAGGAUCACACGUCACUCAGCGCUCUUCGCAAGGUUUCGUUAAGCAUGGUAAAAGCUAGAAUCUACGCAUUUUUGUGCGGUUUGAUCGAUCGUUGGCCCCUUGACAGCUCGCUAAUGGUGGUGUUGGAGCUUUGGCUCAGUUACAUCCAACCGUGGAGGUACACCUUGGCAGCUCUGAACAACAAGACACCAAGUCUUGCCUACAGGCCGCCCAUCUUGUCCUGCUUUGAUGGAUUUAUUAUCGAUAAUCUGAUUAUGUACACCAACAUAUUCAUGCAGCUGCUGCCGCACUUUGGUCGCUUGGAUUACACCGUCUAUCGAAAUGCCUUCAUGUUAUAUCGCCUGGCCACAAUGUUCGCCCAACAUGAUUUAGUAGAGCGGUUGCAGCGUUUCGAGCGUCUACAUGCGGGCAAUGCCUAUGGAUUCGACUCGCCGCAAAGGCAGGUCAACAUAAUGAACAAAUCCUUUUCACCAGGCUCUCAGUGGAAUCAUGUGGUUAGCACAAAUUCGGCCAAGCUGUUUAGUCAUCCCAUGCAGAUUCAGAUGGAAAGCUUUCUCUUUCUUAUCAGCAUGGCUCGAAACUCGGUGCUGAGGGACAUUGCAUCGUUGCGAAACGAAAUUGCUGAGAAACAGCGCUCUGAGGGAUUCCUAAAGAACUUCUUAAACAAGCUUUUCCGUGAGUGCACACAGGAUGAAGUGACUCUGCGCGAGUUUAGUCGUAUUCCGGAGGUUCUGCGUCAAUGCAUCGACGCCUUCUGUCAAACGUUCAAUGUGGAUCAAGCCAACCUUUCAAUGCAUGAGAACCUGCCUCAGGAACCAUGUCCGCCUGCCUCAACAACGGUACAAAAUUUCAGCUUUUUCGACUCCAGCGACUCUUUGGACACCUCUAAGCUUAACCCGCACCAAAUGUCCCUCAAUGCAUCUAACAUGCAUGCCACCAUCGAUCCCGCAAAUUUGCCUAUACAGACCAAUGAAGUGAGAUCGCUGGUGAGGAUCCUGCACUUCAUCUCUGACAAGAUUAACAAGAGGUAUGGCAGCAAGAUACAAGCAUUCUACGCUCGUGAAGAUUACUGUGGAAAGGUAGCGAGGCAACUCCUGUACGCCCCCAUGACGGAGCAGUGGUUCGACAAAAGUUCCGGCCAAGUGGACAUAUGUGAGAGCUUGGUUCCUCCGCGUGUUUGCCUACGAUCGUUAGGCUCUAUUCCCGUUCUGAUUACAAUCGCCUCUGUCCUAAUUCUUGGGCAACUAUUAUGGGGUUCCCCAAUCGUGGGGCUAUCAGUUUUGGGCACUAUGCUGCUAGUCUACACAUUGCUGCAGGCCCUGUUUUCCUAAUUUCAAGUUUUUACUAGAUAGAUUACUAAAGGUGACAUUUAUAUAUUUUUAUAAAUCUAAAGAAACUACGAUUACGAUUACGA